AUGACGUCAUCGGCCGCGCUGGCGGCGGCGGCGGGGGUGACGGGCGAGUGCCUCUGGCUCACCGGCGUUCGCGCCCUGACGACAACCCAUCCGGAACCUCUUCGGCUGGAGGCGUUUUCGCGCUGCCAGGGGGACGCCCUCAUGCGCGCCAAGCGGGUUGUGCGGGAGGAGUGGCCCCAGAGGGUGGGGUCGACCAUUCACGUCGCUCUGCGGCGGCAACUACCCGAGGACGGCAAUGCCUCUCAGCGAGCAGGAGUAGGGGGUGGAGCUGCAGCGGAAGCCCAAUCGCUCGAUCAGGUGGGAAGAGCCAGGAGUGGCGGUGGCGGUGGUGGUGAUGGUGCAAGUGGUGGUGGUGGCGGUGACGGUAGUAGUGGUGGCGGUGGUGGUGCUAGAGGUGAUGGUGGUGAUGGUGGGAGGGGGAGGCGGUGA